UUUGCAUUUAUUACAACAUAUAUAUACGACUCGUAGACGAACUUUACGACGCGUGUAUAUAAGUAUAUAAUUGUCAGAAGAACAUCAUCAAGCCGGAAACAAUGUUGCCUUUAUUAAGCAUUUUCUUAGCUUCCUGGGUUCUUGUGAACACUCACGCGCAACCGCCGCCGCAAGGCGGCGCACCACCACCACCACCACCGGGACCGCCACCGCCGACCGCAUCACCUCCACCGGCAACGGCAUCGCCGCCACCCUCAGGGGGUGGAGGCGGCGGUGGGGCAAGCCCCAGACCAUGCCCGCAAUCGCUCCAGAACGGCGGCAUCCCCAUGAGCUUCCCGUUCAACUCCAACCCCAUUCCCUGUAAUGCUCCAGCGCCCCCUAACCAGAUCUAUCCCGAAAAUAUUUUGGCGGUGGACAAACUUAGAUAUUUGUGGGGUAAUGUUAACUAUUGCCCGUAUACCUCCCCCUACCCGACGAAUUUAACCGGCGCUCCCGUGGUCAACCAACUGGUCAAUAUCACCUUCGACGAGGGCAGCUUCCUGAUUUCCGGGGAUGAACUACAACCGCCGCUCCGCCCUAAACUCCUCCACACUUACGGCACCACUGCGCUGGUGUCCUUAGAAAUCUUCUGCAAUUCCACUUACACCGGUGUCUUCCAAGCCGGAGAGGUCAGCCCGGGUUUGAUGCGCUUCUCCCUGGGCAGCAUCGCCAGCCAGAGCACCGCCUUCGGUCCGUCCAUCGCCAUUAAACUGCUGCAAGACUUCGAACGCUCCGUCAACAUCUUGGCCAUGGACAAUCCGGACGGCCAGGGCACCAACCGUAACUUCUUCCUCAAGACCUUCUCCAACUUCCGCCCGGCACCGCUGGUACAAGCGAAUAUCGACUUCCUGAAGAUCUUCCACGCCGCCAUCCUGGAUUUGCCCGGCACCAAUAAGGCGCCGGCCGGGGUUUGCACACAGCCGUUGGAUGAGAACCGGCUGCCGUUGUACACGGCCUCGGCGGUGGAUACCCCCAAGAACCUGGUAAAGAAUCCCUUGGAGGUUCGUUUUAUCCCGCUGGUGUCUACCGACGCGGCCAGUACCAACGACUUCCGGGUGGAUUUGGCUAAUACCCUUAAUAACAAGGUCGGCCAGCCGAUCUAUCUGGUGGCGUUGCGCGAUACCGAGACAUCGCAGGACAUCACGGUCGGCAAGUUGAUAUUGCGCAGCAAUUUGGUGGCGUCGUCCUAUCAAGAUACCAGACUGUUCUUCCAACAUCCCCGAAUUCAACAGUGCGGAGCAUAAAACAGUUACUUUGAUUUACUAUAACUGUGCAGUCAUCUAAUUAUUUUGAUUGGGUGGUACCGGGGUUUAUGUAUCAGAUGGAAUUUUUGUAACGGUGAAGCAUCGUUAGUUCUGUAAUUUCCGUGAAACAUGUUGGAGAUUAAUUUAUAUUGAUAAUAAAGCUAUAUAUUGUGUAAGGAAUUUGAAAAUGCGAUUUAAUUUUCUAUUGCUGUGAUUAUUUUGUUCGAUUGUGGGGUGUAUUCACAGAUUUUCAUAAGUGUCGGGUACAUUUUUAUUUCCAAGAAUACUGUUGUCAGCGUUUCCGAUUGUUAUAUUAUGGGGUUGUUUUACUCUUAAAUUUUGUUUUCUAUUGCGCUUAUGCAAAUGCCUUUUCCGUUGGAAAAAAUCAUGUCGCAAAAUAAAACACUUGGAUACACGG